CUAGAUUAAUGGGGGCCAGAGCCAGACAAUUCUACAUAAUUGUCUUCUCUUUCCUCACUUUACUUGCAUUAUCUUCUGCCUUCCAGGGCAAGAAACAGUACAAACCAUGCAAAAGCCUCAUCUUAUUCUUCCAUGACAUCAUUUACAAUGGCAAAAAUGCUGCAAAUGCAACAUCUGCAAUAGUUGCAGCCCCCGAAGGGGCUAACCUGACCAUCUUGGCAGGCCAAUUUCACUUUGGGAACAUAGCCGUUUUCGACGACCCCAUCACUCUUGACAACAAUCUGCACUCCAAGCCCGUCGGUAGGGCACAAGGGCUCUACAUUUAUGACACAAAAAACACUUUCACCGCUUGGCUUGGCUUCGCAUUUGUUCUCAAUAGCACCGACCACCAAGGCACCAUAAAUUUCUUGGGAGCUGAUCCGAUAUUGGCGAAGAGCAGAGACAUUUCCAUUGUUGGUGGGACUGGAGAUUUUUUCAUGCACCGUGGAGUUGCAACUAUAAUGACUGAUGCUUUUGAAGGGGAAGUGUAUUUCAGGCUGCGGUUGCACAUUAAGUUCUAUGAGUGUUGGUAAUUAAAUUUGGUUUUAAUUUGGUUAUUUUGAGGGUUUUAAUGUUGUUGUGUGAUAUAGAUGAUCUAUAUAGAUGUGUCUGGUUGGACAAUGAUUGCUUGUAUUGUAUCCAAUUGUCUCAUCAAUAAAAUUGUGUUUCUUUA